AUGAGGGACUACAAAGUAGAGCCCCAGGACUGCGUGAGUGCGCGGCGCACCGCCAUGGACAACCACCGGGCGAACCCUUCGGCGGGCAUCUACGUGCCCGAGUGCACUUCGGAGGGGCUCUACGCCCGCGCACAGUGCCACAAGUCGCCCCAGUACUGCUGGUGCGUGCAGCCGCGCACGGGGCGCCCCAUCAAGGGCACGGCCACGCAGGGCGUGCGCCCCGACUGCGACAGUGCGCGGAGGGGCCUCAAGAACUUCAAAGGUUGCUCAAUGCACAAGAAACAAGAGUUCCUCGACGAAUUGGUUCAGUCAUUCAUUCGAGAGAUGCUGGAAGAUGCUCAUAACAAAUCGAUAGCAAUUGAUACUCCAACGUCAGAAAAGGGGGCGAGGUGGAAGUUUGCUUCGAUAGAUAUCAACUCAAACUCAGUACUAGACAAGCGCGAAUGGAAAGUGUUCAAGAAAGAGUGGCGCUCUUUUCAGCAAAGGGAUGGGCGCCAAAAGAAGCAGCGUCUGCGCAAGUGCUGGCGCAACCUUCCCCGUUUCUGCGACGAGAACGACAACCAGAAGAUCACGAUGGACGAGUGGCUUGCCUGCACCAGUGUCACCAGGGAUAUCAAGACCAGUCUUCCUAGGAACCAGAACCGGCGAGGAAAGAAUCCCUUCAGCACCAUCUUGAAAAGUGACUGAACGGUUCAGUCGCCAUCCCUAUGGACCAGUGUACACGUGCUCUCUCUUCGCCAAUCGGAAACGAGACUGACCACAACGAAGGUGUCAAUAUUCCACACGAAGCCCUGUCCUGGGGACAGGUGGUGUCGUUGCGAACGUCUCAACCUUCCUGUUAAUAGCAACGGACUAAAUAGCAACUGAUGCUAAAUAGCAACAUGCCGACUGUGGCAGGGACUGAGAAGCUGCUAGAGGCAGGACAUUGUCUCGUAUGUGCUGGGUUGCUUCACCACGAUAAUAAAGAGUUUGUG